AUGCUCUUUACCCGUACCCUCAUCAUUUCCACCCUUACCCUCCUCGCCAACACACAAACCGCGACCACAGACGCAGCGAACCCGACCAUCACACCCGCCGCCCUCCCCACCCAGGUCAUCGCUUCGAUCGAAAAUUACUACUCCUCCCUCGAAAAGCAACCAGAAUUCAGCUCCGCCAUCCAAGCGCUCACAUCCGCCAUGCCAGCCUCCAUACUCAACCAGAUCGAGAACGACCCAACGGACUACUUGAGCUCCGUUUUGGGAGCCGGGGCACAACCAAGCUGGAUCAGUGCGCUGCCGACCAGCUACAUUAAUUACUUCUCGAGCAUUGGGGCUGCGGAGGCGAGCAUUAUCACUCAGACCGCUGCGGGGCCGGCGCCGACGAAUGGCCCGCGGGUGAAGGUUGUUGGGGCUGCGUUGGCGAUGGGGGCUGCUGGGCUUGCGCUGCUGUGA